AUGGCUCCCGCCGUAGAUAUUGAGACACCGGCUGAUGUCAUUCAGGGCCUGAAGGCCAAAGCUAAGCAAAUUGAUCACUCGAUCUUCCCAGAUGGAUUAAAGACAACAGGUCAACAUCCGCCGCUAUAUGAUAAGCUCUACCCCUACAGUGCUUUUCCCAAGCACAUUGAGGGACCUACAGAAUGGAAGGCAGAGGACUACUCCAGCAACCCAGAGAGAUGGGUUCACCAAUUCUCCGAAGAUGAACUUGAUGGGAUAUCCAAGGCGGCGGAUAGUUUCAUCCAAUUAGGUCUACCCUUAACUGGAAUCUCGAAAGAAAACUUCCGACUUCCAGGUUUAGAACCAGCAUUAGAAACUAUGCGUCGAGAGCUCCUAAACGGAAAGGGAUUCAUCCUAUACAAAGGCUUCCCCGUCGACGAAUGGGGUAUCCCCAAAUCAGCCGUCGCCUACAUGGGCCUAGGCGUCUACAUCGGCUACCCGGUAUCGCAAAACGGCCACGGCCACAUCCUAGGCCACGUCAAGGACCUCGGCGAGGACAGCACACAGAUCGACAAAGUGCGGAUAUACCGGACCAACGCGCGGCAGUUCUUCCACGCCGACGACUGCGACAUCGUAGGCUUGCUAUGCCUCUCCAAAGCCGAGUUUGGCGGCGAGUCCGACGUAGCGUCCAUCCACAACGUCUGGAACAUCCUGCAAGCCGAGCGUCCCGACGUGGCCGAGCUGCUCACGCAGCCGAUCUGGUACUUCGACCGCAAAGGCGAGGUCUCCGAGGGCGAGGAGCCGUAUAUCCGGACCUCGGUGUUCUACCUCGAGACGGCGGACCCGGCGCAGCCCGCGCGCGAGCAGCGCGUCUACUGCAAGUGGGAUCCGUACUACGUGCGCAGCCUAACGCGGUUCUCGGACCAGGGCAUCAUCCCGGCGCUGUCGCCCGCGCAGCAGGAAGCCACGCGGAUUCGAGGAGACUUCGUGGCUAACUCGCAUACGCUGCACGCGCGGACGGCGUACCGCGACUUCGGGCCCGAUAGCGGCAAGCCGAGACGGCAUCUGCUAAGGCUGUGGUUGGCGGUGCCGCAGGACGAGGGCGGGUGGAGGUUGCCGUUUUGGGACUCGGAUGAGAAGAAGCGUGGUGGCAUUCAAGUUAAUGAUAACGCUCCGGUUGCGAGGCUGGAGGCUGAUUAG